ACCACCUGAGGAGCAAGAGAGUCCGGGUACCUUUGAGUCCGACAUGAAGUUAACAGAUGCACAAACGGCUAUAAUUGAAGAAGAAAUAGCAGCAGAACUAAAGGGAGUAGCAACUAGAAAAGCUCAUGCUGAUCUUUCAAAGCGUUGGCCAGGUGGCGUUGUGCCAUAUACAAUAUCUAGUGAAAGCUCAGGUGACACGGCAGUAAUACAAAGCGCUAUUGCCCACUGGGAGAGCCUCACUUGUUUGAACAUUUCCGCCAUACAAUGCAACCGCAGGACACACGGCAAGGAUUAACUUCAUCAAAGAUAAUGGGU